UGCUCCUCCCUUAGUGAGACUCCUGCAGUCCUCACACAACACACCAAUUCAGACACACACACAAACUGUCAGCAGCCUAGACUUAUCAUGACAGUUUUGUCUUAUUUUUGAAUCAAAAAGACGGCACAAGGACACGAGUGCCACCGGUCACAGCAGGCACAGAUAUACAGGAAACUGCCACUGUGUCAUUACUGAUAAGUCUGUACAGAGGACCUGCUGAUCUGGGACCAGCUGGAAGGACAAAAUGGGUCUUUGGACAGCCCUGAUUCUGGCCUCGCAGCUGCUAUUAAAACUGUGCAUACACGUGGAAGCCCAGGCUUUGGUCUAUGAUCUGCUCACCUCACCUGACUGCCUGCCAGACCUGCUGCAGGGGGGCCUGGCUGAGCAGGGGCUGAACGAGGCUUUCAUCCUCACCACCUUUAAGUUGCAGCCCAAGACCGGAACAACUGUGUUUGGCCUGUACAACCCCAGGGACAACAGCAAAUACUUUGAGUUUACAGUGAUGGGGAAGCUUAACAGAGCGGUGUUGCGUUAUCUGCGGAGUGACAAGAGGAUGAGCUCUGUAACCUUCAACAACCUGGUGCUGGCAGAUGGCCAGAUGCACAAACUGUUGUUUCACCUGAGGGGUCUGCAGCAGCAGGGGCCAGGGGGGGUGGAGCUGCAUCUGGACUGCAGGCUGGUGGAGACACUCAGGGAUCUGCCCGCUGUGUUCCAGGGUUUGCCAGCAGGCUACGGUAUAAUUGAGCUAAAGACGAUGCAAGCCAGGGAGCAGGAGAGUUUAGAGGAGCUCAAGCUGGUCGUUGGCGACACUUUUGAGAAUGUUGCAUCCAUACAGGACUGCCAUUUCCAACAAAGAGAUGCUGUUCAAACUCUGGGGGUCAACACGAAGCAGCUGUCCAAUCAAAUGUUGGAGUUAACCAAAGUGAUAAAUGAACUGAAAGACGUCCUUAUUCAACAGGUCAAAGAAACCUCAUUUCUAAGAAACACCAUCUCAGAAUGUCAGGCCUGUGGUUUGGGUGGUACUGAGGAGGUGAAGCCAAGGUGUGGGCCAGGUGUCUGUUUCCGUGACGAUAUGUGCAUAGAGACGGUGAAUGGAGUCGAGUGUGCACCGUGUCCUGAUGGAUAUACUGGAGAUGGUUUUAACUGUGAUGAUGUGGAUGAGUGCCAGUUUAACCCCUGCUUCCCUGGAGUGAAGUGUGUGAACACGGCCCCGGGCUUCCGCUGUGAUGCCUGUCCACUGGGCUACACUGGCCUGGCAGUGGAGGGAGUGGGCGUUCUGUUUGCACAGACCAACAAACAGGUCUGUGACGACAUUGAUGAAUGCAAAGGACCAGACAACGGAGGCUGUACUUCAAAUUCAAUUUGUCACAACUCUAUGGGUUCGUACCACUGCGGCAGCUGUAAGACGGGCUUCACAGGAGAUCAGGUGAAGGGAUGUAAACCUGAGAUCAGCUGUAGCAACAGUCUCACCAACCCCUGCGACGUCAACGCCCAGUGCACUGUGGAGAGAGACGGGUCUGUCACCUGCCAGUGUGGAAUUGGUUGGGCUGGUAAUGGAUACCUGUGCGGGAAGGAUACUGACAUUGAUGGAUACCCAGAUGAGAAACUCAAAUGCAAGGAUCCAACCUGUAGAAAGGUAACGGAGGUGCCAACUGUUAACGAGUACAAGUUUUUUAAAUGGAGACCGGCCUCUUUCAUUCUGUGCAACCUCCUAUUUCCACAGGAUAACUGCAUCUUUGUUCCUAACUCUGGUCAAGAGGAUGCAGACAGGGACGGUCAUGGAGACGCUUGUGAUAAUGAUGCAGAUGGUGAUGGGAUUCUAAACGAGCAGGACAACUGCUGGUUAAAGCCCAACGUGGACCAGAGGAACAGCGACAAGGACAACCACGGCGAUGCAUGCGAUAACUGCCUCAUGGUGGAGAACCCUGACCAGAGGGACACCGACGACGACGGCAAAGGGGACGCCUGCGAUGACGACAUGGACGGGGACGGCUUGAAGAACUUCCUGGACAACUGCCAGCGUGUCCAGAACAGAGACCAGUUGGACCGAGAUGGUGACGGCGUGGGAGACGCCUGCGACAGCUGCCCCGACAUCCCCAACCCAAACCAGUCGGAUGUUGACAAUGACCUGGUAGGAGACUCUUGUGACACCAACCAAGACAGUGAUGGCGACGGUCACCAGGAUACCAAGGAUAACUGCCCACUGGUGAUCAAUAGCUCCCAGCUGGACACAGACAAAGAUGGGAUCGGUGACGAGUGCGACGACGAUGACGACAAUGACGGCAUCCCAGACACUAUACCACCUGGACCGGACAACUGCCGUCUGGUGCCGAACCCAGACCAGACCGAUGACAACAAUGAUGGAGUUGGAGAUGUGUGCGAGUCUGACUUUGACCAGGAUAAAGUUAUUGAUCGGAUUGACAACUGCCCUGAGAAUGCAGAGGUUACCUUGACGGACUUCAGGGCCUAUCAGACCGUUGUACUGGACCCCGAAGGUGAUGCUCAGAUCGACCCCAACUGGGUCGUUCUGAACCAGGGAAUGGAAAUUGUUCAGACAAUGAACAGUGACCCAGGUCUUGCUGUUGGUUACACUGCCUUCAGCGGAGUGGACUUCGAGGGCACUUUUCACGUGAACACGGUGACAGAUGACGACUACGCCGGCUUCAUCUUCGGCUACCAGGACUCGUCGUCGUUCUACGUGGUGAUGUGGAAGCAGACCGAACAGACCUACUGGCAGGCGACACCCUUCAGAGCUGUGGCGGAGCCCGGCAUCCAGCUUAAGGCUGUGAAGUCCAGGACAGGCCCCGGGGAGCAUUUGAGAAACUCACUGUGGCACACCGGAGACACCAACGACCAGGUGCGUCUGCUGUGGAAAGACCCGAGGAACGUGGGCUGGAAGGACAAGGUGUCUUACCGCUGGUACCUACAGCACCGUCCACAGGUUGGCUACAUCAGGGCGAGGUUUUAUGAGGGAACUGAGCUGGUGGCUGACUCUGGUGUCACUAUUGACACGACAAUGAGAGGAGGAAGACUGGGUGUAUUCUGUUUCUCUCAAGAAAAUAUCAUCUGGUCCAAUUUGAAGUACCGCUGCAAUGACACGAUCCCAGAGGAUUUCCAGGAGUUCAGUACUCAGCACGGCGUCGACUCACUCUAAUGUCAAGAAAAAAAAAGUAUGACACCCAACCUUCAAAGGAUGUUUCACUGUGUGUUGGUGUGUAUGUGUGUGGAUGAGAAUAAGCAUGUGUGUGUGUGUGUAUUUGUUUGUACUGAUGUGUACAGUUUCUGUGCAUAUAUGACCAUCUUUGUACUGUACAAUCAUGUCUCGUUCUACUUUCCCCUCAGUCUUCCUUUUAAUCGAUUCUUUUGUACUGGCAUUAAGAAAGAAAUUAUAAGUUAUAAUGGAUUCUUUGCAAACUCAAGAUGGUAUGUCCUGAGGUGUAGCUGACUGUAAAGCUGUAAAAGAUCAUAUUUUCAUUUGCAGUGGCUUUUUUUUCUUUUUAGCACAAUAUCCAGCAUCCCUCAUUUACCACAUAUUUACUGUUUUUUUUUUUUUUUUUUUUUUUUUUUUUUAAACCAUAUAAACCUUUUCUAACAACCUUCAUAACAACCGACAUGACUUUUUCUAACAUAAAUAAAAUCCUGGAGGUGACUGGAUUUGACAGACCCUGAUCAUUUCAUAAAAGUGUAGUGAUGAAUUUGGUCAAAAUAAAGAGCUUUAACAUAUUAA